CAGGGGCAUCCAGGGAGGCAACAGCAUGAGCGAAAGCAUGAAUGUGUCGAUUCUGUCAAUCUGUUGGGCACCGAAUCUUGCUUUGUGAUAAUCAUAGAUGAGAUCAGAGACGAUACUUCGUCGCAAUUGGCAUGGAAUGUGACCGAGCUCUACUUGGGGAAUAAAACAUCCCCGAAAUUUCGAACCCAGCGGUAACUACACAUUGUGACGAAGUUGUGCAUGCAAUUAGAGCUGUGUGGGGGGUCACUAUUCCAGCCGGCGCCGACCAAUUGAGGCCUACAGUCACAAAGGACAUAGUUAAGAACUCUGGGCCAGCUCAUGUCUAAUUCACUGAAGGCGGUGCUUCUGGCUUGGUGGGUCCUAGUCGCAGAGUCGCAGAUGUGUGAAGAUUGUCCUUUGUUGAUCCGUAGCUGUGAACAGCGUCACCGACAUUGCUUUCGUCUAAUUGUUAGACUUUCAGAACAGACAAAAAGAUUAGAGAGUGUUCCGUUCUAUCUUUUUGCAUUCUUUUCUUUUGUAUUUUUGCCGAUGAAAACUCUAUGUCAGGCGCCGAAAGAUGGUGGGAGCUACACAUUAAGAUUACCACGUUUAUUUGGCAUGGAGAAUCUCUGGUUCAAGUUCUGGUAUAAAACCUAUGAUAAAGUUACGUCAAGAGUCGUAGGUUGCAAACUCGGACGGCUGAACAUAUUUCAGUCGAUCAGCACAAAAGCCGAAGUCAAGGUUUGUGCCAUCCAGUAAAAUUCAAUAGCAGUGGCACUUAAUGUCAGUUAGGCAGAAAAAUGUGUUCUAAGUGCAAUCGUAUUGUUCCGUCAAUCUUUUCUCAUCCUGUGCCCGCAUGCCAAUUUCUUUGAACACAGUACUAUCGAUAAGCUACCCCUCUCAGUUCUACCGUAACACUAGCCGAAGUCGCGCAUUUCGAAGCACGGAAGUGAUUCCUUGCAAAACGCACAAAGUUAGCAACCUACAUUGAAGAAUAUAAAGAUUGAUUGAUCCUAGCCCGUGCGUUGUGCAGACGUUGGAAUCUUCAGUUUGCUCCUCCGAGUCUGGUCUAUCACGAUGGAAAAGCCAACAGUUGUUCGAGGUUUGUUGGCGAUAUUCGUGAUCGGAUUAGUAACUGGUGUAGAAUUCAAAGCUCCAUCUACACUAGAUUUCGUCUUCAGUUUGGAUCCUUGUCGGCAGAGCCUACUUCUGAUUGUGUUUACAGCGAUCGUAAUCAAUUUGAGAAUGAAGGACCGUAAGAUGAAUCUUCCACCAGGUCCAACGGCACUUCCGAUCGUUGGAAACUGGUUGAAGGUUGGGAAUGACUUAAAGCACCGGACGUUGGCGGAAAUGUCUGAACGAUACGGCGACGUCUUCAUGCUGAAAAUGGGUUGGAGAAACUAUGUGGUAGUCUCGUCCCCGGAGGCUGCAAAAGGCGUUCUACACACACAAGGUGAAGAAUUCGCGUGUCGGACCCGCAAUGCAGUGUUCGAUAUUUUCGCAGGAAAAGGCCAGGACAUUGUCUUCACCAACUAUGGGGACCACUGGCGACGAAUGCGUCGAAUACUGACGGUUCCAUUUGUCACCGCCAAGGUCCUCCAGCACGCCCACUUCGCGUGGGAGGAAGAGGUGGACGAGGUCAUGGAGGACGUGCAGAGUCGGCCGGAGUCGGCAACUGCAGGUGUUGUCCUUCGGCACCGAUUCCAGCUCAUGAUGUACAAUAUCGUAUAUAGAAUGAUGUUCAAUUCUCGGUUCGCAAGCGAGUACGAUCCAUUGUAUCUGAAGCUGAAAGGCUUGAAUGGCGAACGCUGCAGAUUGCCAGCUCAAAAUUAUAAAUACAACUACGCCGAUUUCUUUCCUUUUUUAAAGCUGUUCAUAAGAGGUUACUUGAAGAUUUGCCAGGAAGUGCGAGACAAACGGCUCUCGUUGUUCAAAGAACACUUCGUUGAUGAGCGUAGAAAAUUGGUGAAUGCUGUUGGAGUCUCUGGUGCGGAAGAGAAAUGUGCCAUCGACCACAUGCUGGAGGCCCAGAAGAAGGGAGAGAUUAGCGAAGACAAUAUCCUUUACCUCAUAGAGAACAUCAACGUGGCAGCGAUAGAAUCAACUUUGCUGUCAAUUGAAUGGGGCAUAGCUGAGCUUGUGAACCACCCAAACGUGCAAAAACGACUGCAGGCGGAGCUUCUUGAAGUGAUUGGGGAGGGCAACUUGGUCGCCGAACCUGACACACACAACAACAAGCUGCCGUUCCUCACCGCUGUUGUCAAGGAGACCCUAAGAUUGCACAUGCCCGUCCCACUUCUCGUUCCUCUCAUGAACAUGAGGCAGGCUAAGCUUGCCGGUUACGAUAUACCCCCACAAAGCAAGGUCCUCGUAAACGCAUGGUGGAUCGGAAACAACUCUAAAUUUUGGGAUCAACCAGAGAAGUUCAUGCCCGAGAGGUUUUUGCCUGCAGCUGCUGAGAACCAAAGCUUAGAUUUCCGUUUCCUCCCCUUCGGUGCUGGAAGAAGGUCGUGCCCAGGCACCGCAAUUGCCAUGCCGUUGUUGGCCAUCGUGUUGGGGCGUCUUUUACAAAAAUUUGACCUUCUUCCUCCUCCGGGGAUGAGUAAAGUUGAUGUGGCCGAAUCUGGAGGUCAGUUUAGCCUUCACAUGGCCACGCAUUCCAUCGUGGUCUUGAGGCCGAGGAAUUAAAGCUCCCUCUUGGAAAAAAAUUCAUGUCCGUUUCAGGACUCCGGUUCAUCUAGGAAUUCUUCAACCUGUGGAUUCUUCAAGAAGCAGGCAUCAUCGUGAAAAGCCAACCUAAAAGUCACCAUUCAAGAGUAGAUUUGCCUAGUUAACAAACCUCAAUUUAGAGGUUCUGCAUUGCUGCUGAUUGGCAAGUACCGAGUAGCAGGGAAGGUGGAGGAUAAACCUGCUGAAUUUAUACGCUGACAUUCAGAUUUCUGAAUACGAAAAAGACAAUCAGUUGUAUUGCUACGUGGUCACAUGAUCAAGCGAUAGGGGUCAAAUCCGAUGAGCUCUCGGAUCGGGGCAGUUCUCAGUUUGACAAAUAGUUGUACAUCCGUCCCGGAUGAUGUGGUUCCUUGGUCGCCAGAACAUCACCGAGAUGGUAGUCUUCAUGAUAAUAAUGUCCUAGCCUUAGUCUAUGUUUACAUUUAAAA